CCACGGCCUGUUGUCAAUUUGGAACUAGCAGCUACCCUCCCCUCUUGGCCCCUAGAGAUUAGCAAGCGUGGAUGCGUUUCUGUGCACGUCACUUCCGACAGGUUCUUUGCAGUAGUAGCGCCGGGAGCCGCUUUGGAGAAGUGUCAGGAUGGCAGCCAGAGAAAAUGUCAGUCUGCUCUUCAAGCUGUAUUGCUUACUGGUAAUGACCCUUAUUGCUGCUGCGUAUACUAUAGUUCUUCGCUACACAAGGACCGUAACAACAGAAAUGUACUUUUCCACGACAGCUGUAUGCAUCACAGAGGUGAUUAAGUUGCUACUGAGUGUGUGCAUUCUGGCAAAAGAAACUGGAAGUCUUGGUAGACUGAUGACUUCUUUGAAGGAAAAUAUAUUGGGAAGCCCAGUGGAGAUGCUGAAGCUGUCAGUGCCGUCCCUGGUUUAUGCUUUGCAGAAUAACAUGGCAUUUGUGGCACUGAGCAAUCUUGAUGCUGCUGUGUAUCAGGUUACCUACCAGCUGAAAAUCCCCUGCACUGCAUUGUGUACGGUGUUGAUGUUGAAUCGCUCACUGAGUAAGCUGCAGUGGUUCUCUGUAUUGAUGUUGUGUGGAGGUGUCACCCUAGUGCAGUACAGUCCAGCAGAAGCCACUAAAGUACAGAUUGAACAGAAUUAUUUACUGGGAAUAGGUGCUGUUGCUAUUGCUGUGCUGUGUUCUGGAUUUGCAGGGGUUUAUUUUGAGAAAGUUUUAAAAAGCACAGACACAUCCCUGUGGGUGAGGAACAUCCAGAUGUACCUGUCUGGUAUUUUGGUGACGGCAUUAGGUGUAUACAUAUCUGAAGGAGCACAAGUCAUGGAAAAGGGCUUUUUUUAUGGCUACAGUUUCCUUGUUUGGAUUGUCAUUUUUCUUGCAAGUGUUGGAGGCCUCUACACAUCGGUUGUGGUUAAAUAUACAGAUAACAUCAUGAAGGGAUUCUCUGCAGCAGCUGCAAUUGUCCUGUCUACCGUCGCAUCAGUGAUUCUUUUCGGCUUACAGAUAACUUUCACAUUCGCCAUUGGUGCGCUAUUUGUUUGUGUGUCAAUAUACAUAUAUGGUUUGCCAAGAAAAGAUACAACGAAGAUAGAGGUAAAGGAGCUAAGCAGCAACCUCAGUGGAAGACUGAUCAGUGUGUGACGUUUGUCUGAGCAUGACCAUUAAGAUUGUUAGAGGGUCACCCAGGCAAAUCAAGUACAAAUUCCAUUCUCCUGCCUUCAGUCCAAGAGACAAUGAAGAAGCAGGAAGUGUUCUGGCCUGUCCUGGCACAGCUUUAAAAACCAUGUUUACAGUUGAAUGUAACACAUACAGGACUAUAUCGUAUGGAAGGUCAAAUCAUGUAUUUAAUUGCUCAAUAUAGCUUUGUUAAUUGAUGUGUUAACAUCUUGCAAAAGCGACAUUGUUGGAAGGACCAAAGAAAAUACCAAAUGAAGGGAAACAUCACAGACUGUGGCUCAUUAAAGACCUAGCAGAACUAAUUGCAUUGCUGCAUGCAAGUAAAUGGCCCCUUGCACAUGUGCCAGUGGAAUAUGCGGCAAUUGUGCCCAAAGAGACAUCAUUAGCCAUUUUUAGAAUAUUCUUUUUAAUUUUGUUCUCACCGCUGCAGUAUUUUCUGACUUGGAAAUGCGUAGUUAUUUAAUUUGCACUUGUUAAUAUUUUUAUGGGAUCAUUAAACUGGAGGCCAAUAUUUUUUUUUUUAAACUAUGAAGGUAAUAAAAUUUUCGUAGUAAAAGCUU